AUGCGGAGGCCGCUUCGGCCAUUCGCCAGGCGCUUUGCGAAGAGCUUAGACGUGCAACAAAGCGGGUACCAAAACGAGUGA